GAUGGCGGCGCUGCGGGACGGGGACUUGGCGGCGCUGCAGCUGCUGCUGAAGCUGGUGUCUGCUUUGCACAACCUCACCAGGCACGUGGUGUUCCGCGGCUUGACCAGGGCAGAAGACAUCCUCUGUCUCUUCCCAGAAAACUUCCACCAAAAUCUGAAAAACCUCUUGACUAAGAUAAUCUUGGAGAAUAUCUCUGCUUGGAGAAAUGAAGCACAAGCCAGUCAGAUCUCCCUGCCCCGGCUGGUGGACAUGGACUGGAGGGUGGACAUCAAGACAUCAUCAGACAGCAUCGUAAGAAUGGCAGUCCCUACCUGCCUGCUGCAGCUAAAGAUUCAGGAAGAUGCUGCCUUAUGUGGAAAUAAUCCUGUUGUUUCUGCACUGACCAUGGAACUGAGCAAAGAAACGCUGGACACCAUGUUGGAAGGUCUGGGAAGGAUUCGGGACCAGCUUUCUGCCGUUGCAAACAAAUGAAUGCUCAAGGGCAUGGAUUCCAGCAGCAGGGAAGGGAAGUAUUCUCUACCUACAGCUGUCAGAAGUUGCAGCCUAGAGUAACAUAUUGCCUAUUUCAGCAAAACAAAACUAAAGAGGUUUCUUUCUCGAAUUAGUGAGAUAGCUUUUGAAAAGCUAACACUCAGAUAUUCAUUUGGUUGGAUGCCAAAAAGUGGUUUCCUAUUAUGCUGUUGAACAAAAGCUGUUCACCGUUACAGAAGAGGAUUUGAGAGCUCAGAGCCUGGCUUAAUCACAAGGGUCAUAACUGGAAACAGCAAAUAGCUGCAGCCAAUGAAGCAAGUUCUGUCUCUCCUGAAAUGAGAAUCUGAAAGGUACAAGCUGGGUAAUGGGGUGCCUUCCAGAAUUAGAAAAGGAUGGUGCUUCUCUCUGGAAUGUGCAUGUACUGAGGUGCCUGCUGGAUGUAGCACUCUCCCCCUCUCAAUGAAGCACAGCCAUGCUGCAGAUUGUUAUUACAGGAUAAUGCGUUGAAAUAGGGCAAUUAUGCCACAACACAUUCCCUUCUGAUCAGCUUCACAGCACCAUUUGCAAAAUGACUCUUCUGAACAUCUUUAGCAGGAACUAAUUUCCUCAUUCUGUUUGAAAAGAAGAGAAGGGGUUCAGGUAAUUCAUGUUUGGGGCUUAUUGGACUCUAGCUUUGCCUUUGCUGCACAAAAGCCAGACUGGGAGAAUAAAGAACUAAAGGUUAUUUUCUGUGCUGUAUGAAACCCCUCUGUGGCAAUACGUGCCUAUGCUUUUCCAAAGUGUUUCUGUAAAUCUUCAUUUAAUUAAAGAAUGAACUGCUAAUUGAUUUUGUGAAUCCUUUUCAGUCUAGAAGAGAUGUUGUCCUGGGUUACCAGCCUCUUUGUGAUGGUGCCAAGUUUCUAGGCUGGUUUAAUGGAUGUUCAUGUUUGUUGCUGAAGAAGGAUCUUUUGUUUCCUAUUCAAAUUGAUUCAUGUUUUAAACUUCCUUCUCUUCAUUGUAAUACAGUUUCAGGACACCUUUUUCCAUGGGCACCACCUCUGUUCAAUAUUAGAGGUGAUGACCCUGACCUAGAAGUUUAUAAAUAUAUGUGCAUUGAGAGUUUGGAGGAGUUAAAUGCAGAAAAUCAACAAAAUUCAGAUUCUUCUUUCUGAUGAGCUUCUAUAGAAGUCUGUAUCCAAAUGUGUUUAUGGCAAAAUCCAGUCUUUCCUACAGCACUGGGCUCUCCUUCAGGACACAAAACAUUGUUUGUUGUGUUUGGAAACAUGAAGUCAUUCAAGAGGUGUGCAUAAACUACAAGAACUUUGUUAAUUUUAUGUGCACCCCCCAAAGUGCAGGCCAGAGUAUAAGUGCAAGUGAAGGCUGUGCCUUUAGAAGGUAAUGAUGAAAUGCAGCUCAUGCACCAAGACCAACUGUGUGGCAAGGCUCUUGUUAAUGUCUUGAGCAAAGAGUGUAAUGCUUAGUACAUUUCAUGUUUAAUAGGGACAUCUCAAAUGGAGGAGAUGGAUAUUUAAGAGUAUGUUCUGUAAGAUUCAAGCUGUGAAAAACAUCUCUCAGAGUACUUCAGCAUGAGGAAGUUUCAUUGCCUUUGCAGCCUAGCCUUAAGGAAAAAUAACAAAUAGUUGAUAUAGUGGUGUUUUAGAAGGUGAGAAUCACUGAGGAGGUGAAUAAUGCAGGAUGAGGUACUGUAAAAGAGCUGAGGAAGUCAAAACACAGAGGAAAUCCUUGAGGUAAAUACUGAAGUUAUAGUCAAAAUGUAGGGUCCAAUACAAUGAAGAACUGAUAGUUGUUCUCAUGUAAAACAAUUACACAAUUAUAGAAUAGUUGUAAAGAAAAGAAAGACUUAAAACUGAAAGGGCUUUUCCGGUGGCAGAGUGGAGCUUUCUGCAGGUAGCUAAAAGUUGCUUGUGGAGCCUUAAUAAAAAGGAGUGUGCCCACUGGACCAGAGACAUGCCAAACAAAUGGUGACUUUUCAGGGGUAGAUCUCAAGUCAUUCUGCAAGAAGACACUGGUAUUUUUUAGCCCAAUAUUUAGGUUGCUGUGAGAGCUUGCCUUCAAAUCUUUGCCUAAAUUAUUGGGUAAUGUAUUGUGGACUCUUAUCUCCUUAGCCAGAAGAGCUGAGACUGCUCAGAAAAAGGUACAUAAAACAAGGGAAGCUGACUAGGACUGUCAUUACCCAGACAGCAGGAGAACUUCACAUUAAAGUCCUUUUUAUGAAGAAAGAGAAUAAAUUGCCUUCUACUGCAGGCAGUCAUAUGUGAUCUUUUUCACAAAAUUAUUGCUCUCUUAAAAUGAGUUAGAUUUUCAUCCUCCCUCCACCUACUGCUGCUAUUUGGUAGGGCUAGCCUAAGAGAUGAUGUAUUCAUUCUCUGUUACCAGUUUGUUACUGUGCCAACACUGUCCUCUUUUGCUUACUUCUUUCUUGCCUUUCCAUUUUUCCCCUCCUAUUAAACUAGCAGUAAAAUCUCUUUCCACUUUUGAUGACUAAGCCUUGUAAGCUCUAUAUUCUGUGCCUUUCCUAAUUGCAGUGGCCAUUCUUCACUUAACAGUUUGCAUCUCCCUUGAAUGGGGUCAUCACCACAAGUGUUUCUGGAGGAUUGUCCAAGGACAUUACUGAAGAAUGAACUGUCAUAGUAUGUGAAUCACCUGAAUGAACUCCUGCCAGGAAACCACAAGCCUUCAUUGUGAAGUGGAGCUUAAAAGUUCCAUCCUCAUUCCACUAUUUGAGAAAUACAAAAUUCAUUUUCUACAUGUGCACUUGGUAAUGGUGCUAAUUCAGUUACAGUAAACAAAACAGUGAUAAAUGUAUUUGUAAAAUACAAUGUGCAAGUUAAAUUCAAAUUGUAAUUUCACAAUCGGACACUGUUGAAUCUGACCGUGUCAGAGUGUUGAAAAGCAUUAAAAACA